AUGCCAGCGUCAAGAGAAUCCUCGUCCUCCCCGGACUCCCUCUUAUCAGACGACAGCUAUCUCUACAACCCCCAACAGCAGCAACAUCAUCACCUCAUGUCCAACCCGUCCCGAUCAAGCAGCAACGACACCAACACCCGCUCCAACACACCCCCCGACCCAAAACGCACCCCAACCCCACAACUACAGUUGGACCUCUCCGAAUUCGCUGUAAAGCCACCGCCCAUCCUCGAUGAGCUCGACAAAAUGGCCGAGGCGAUGGAGCCCGUCGAGAAGCUCGUUAGCGGUGCCGAGCGGGCCGUGGCCGUGGCUGAGAUGGUGAAUCUGCUUAUUGAUGCGGAGAAGAUGCUGGGUGAGGGAGAUGCGGGCCGGGCUGAGGAGAUGGCGAAUAACGGGCUGGAGAUGGCGGUUGAGUUGGAUGAUCGGGAGAAUAUUGAGCGUGCGAAGAAGCUGCUGGAUUUGGUGGGGGGUGUUGGGCAGGAUAAAAGAGGUAUUGAUGAGGGGGGGAAGGACGGGGAUAGUCCGACGGAGAGAGAGAUGUCUUUUGAUGAUGCUGGGAUCCGCGGAGCAAGUCCCAAUGCUGGGGCGGAGGUGCUGGGGGACCUUUUCGCUGAUGAGUUUGACGAGGGAGGUGACUGGGGGUAUGAGUAUGAUGGCAACGAGAACGAGGUCGACACCGAGAACGAUACUGGCAGUCAGAAUCAUGAGUUCCAUAAUGAGGCUAUCGAUGGCGGUAAUACCGACGAUCUACACAGCAGUGACAACGCAGGCAAUCAGGACGAUGAGUAUGACAACGACCAAGACCAACAGUACGAGGAGGAGCAAGACGAUCAGUAUGCGAACGACUUCGACCCUCGCAACCGGCCCCAGACACCCGUCCCACCACGUUCAUUUGACGACGACGACGAGAUGGACAUUCCCAGACCUGCCCCAGCAGGAAAGGAUUUGAUACAGAGGUACGACCCCUGGCAAACCUACGCUGACUUCAAGCAGAAGGAGCUCUUCUCGUCGUCCGAAGUCAACAGCAACGAAGACAAUCUAGACGAAGUCUACUGCGACUGCGACUGCCGCAACUGCCGUAAAUGCCACUACAACAACCACGAUUCCUAUGUCUCUUCCAGCGAAAGUGCAAGCGAAGCUGAAACGGUCGACGGAGACGAAAACGAGGAUGCUAUAACAGCAACAAUAAUCCGCAAGCGCCGCCGGCGCGACCCCGUGGUCUCUACGAAUAUGAAUUACACCUACACCCGCAACUUCAGUUCCAAACGAGCCGUAAUCUCAUCCAAAUUUCCCCGGAAAUGGCCUAUACCCCAGUAUCCCAAGCCGUGGUACCGCACAGACGAAAACGCCGACCUGGACGAUGGCGACUUCAGCGCCUUAUUCUGGCAUCCGCAUACCAAGACUUUGGUAUUACAGGAAGAUGAGCCGGACUGGGACAUGGAAUGGCUACCACUAAACGAGACAGUCUCGCAGGAUGAUAAAAACAAAGACAAAGACAAUACCCAAUCCUCCCCCCUGCAGACAGGAACACAAUCCAAGGAACUGAGAAACUACAUCCCAUGGCGAACGGACUUUUGGUUCCACUUUGCCAUGCCGAUGCGUGAUAUGGCGCCGAGAGUGCGCAAGACGAAUAUCUUCCCGGAGCAGGCGUGGGAGUUUAUCCCGAAGAAGGCGGACUGGGAUAUGUUUGAGGAAGCUGUUCCUGAGGGGGAGAGGUUCUCGAUGCAGUUUUUGGAGUGGGAGAGGGAGAGGAUUCAGAAGUUGGUGAGGGAGAAGAGUGGGAAGGGCGAGCUGGGGAAGACGCAGAAUGGGCGGUUUACGCAGAAUGGGCGGUUUAAGCAAAAACCGUGGAAAUGGGGGAAUCACGAUCGCUGGAUGUUUGUGCAGGUUGAUGAUUCUGAGACUGCGAUGGAUUGGGCCAUGUGGGCUUUUGUGGUGGUGGUUGCGUUGAUACUGCUGGUAUUUUGGCUAGUUUUGUGA